GCCCCGCCCCUCCCCGCGCGCAACCUGAGCGCGGGAGCGGCGCCAGGGCCCCGCCUUGGCUGGGCUCGGCUCUGCUCGGCUCGGCUCGGCUCCGCUCGGCUGGGCUGGGCUGCGCUGCGCUGCCGGGGCGGGCGGUGCUGCGGCUCCCGCCGAGGUGCGGGCGGUGCGCGGUGUCCCCGGCGCCGCCAAUGAAGGCAGCCGCGGGCGGCGGGGCCGCGGCCGGGUGAGGCGGCGGGCGGCGCGGAGCGGUGCGGUGCGGGCGUCCCGGCGGAGCCCGCGCCCUCCCGCAAGAUGUCAUCGCAGGGCAAGUUCAAGAAGGACAAAGAGAUCAUCGCCGACUACGAGGCGCAGGUCAAAGAAAUCCGAACUCAGCUGGUCGAGCAGUUCAAAUGCCUGGAGCAACAGUCGGAGUCGCGCCUGCAGCUGCUGCAGGACCUGCAGGAGUUCUUCCGCAGGAAGGCAGAGAUCGAGCUGGAGUACUCCAGGAGCCUGGAGAAACUGGCUGAACGAUUCUCCUCCAAGAUACGCAGCUCCAGAGAGCACCAGUUCAAGAAGGAUCAGCACCUGCUUUCCCCUGUGAACUGCUGGUACCUGGUUCUGACGCAGACCCGGCGAGAGAGCAAAGAUCACGCCACCCUGAAUGACAUCUUCAUGAACAAUGUCAUCGUCCGUCUGUCGCAGAUCAGUGAGGAUGUCAUCAGGCUUUUUAAAAAGAGUAAGGAGAUUGGCAUACAGAUGCACGAGGAACUCCAGAAAGUCACCAACGAGCUUUACACGGUGAUGAAGACCUACCACAUGUAUCAUGCAGAAAGCAUCAGUGCUGAGAGCAAGCUGAAGGAGGCGGAGAAGCAGGAGGAAAAGCAGUUCAACAGGUCGGGGGACAUCAGCGUGAACCUGCUGCGGCACGAGGACAGGCCCCAGCGGCGGAGCUCUGUCAAGAAGAUUGAGAAGAUGAAGGAGAAGAGACAAGCCAAAUAUUCUGAAAACAAGCUGAAGUGUACUAAAGCCAGGAACGACUACCUGCUGAACCUGGCAGCCACCAACGCAGCUGUCAGUAAAUACUACAUCCACGACGUCUCUGACCUCAUUGAUUGCUGUGAUCUGGGAUUCCACGCCAGCCUCGCUCGGACGUUCAGGACAUACCUGUCUGCCGAGUACAACCUGGAAACCUCCCGCCACGAGGGCCUGGACAUCAUUGAGAAUGCUGUGGACAACCUGGAUGCGCGGAGUGACAAGCAUACCAUCAUGGACAUGUGCAACCAGGUCUUCUGCCCUCCGCUGAAGUUCGAGUUCCAGCCUCACAUGGGGGAUGAGGUGUGUCAGGUCAGCGCCCAGCAGCCUGUGCAGACCGAGUUGCUGAUGCGGUACCACCAGCUGCAGUCGCGACUAGCCACACUCAAGAUAGAGAACGAAGAGGUACGAAAAACUCUGGAUGCCACAAUGCAGACUUUGCAGGACAUGCUGACGGUGGAAGAUUUUGAUGUUUCAGAUGCCUUCCAGCAUAGUCGCUCCACUGAGUCGGUCAAAUCAGCUGCAUCGGAGACCUACAUGAGCAAAAUAAACAUCGCCAAGAGGAGAGCCAACCAGCAGGAAACCGAAAUGUUCUAUUUUACAAAGUUUAAAGAGUAUUUGAAUGGCAGUAACCUUAUCACGAAGCUCCAGGCUAAACAUGACUUGCUGAAGCAGACUCUUGGAGAAGGUGAAAGAGCCGAAUGCGGAACAACCAGGCCCCCAUGUCUUCCCCCUAAGCCACAGAAAAUGAGGAGACCUAGGCCUCUUUCAGUCUAUAAUCAUAAACUCUUUAACGGCAAUAUGGAAACGUUCAUUAAGGAUUCAGGACAGGCUAUUCCGCUGGUAGUAGAAAGCUGCAUUCGUUACAUCAAUUUGUACGGCCUUCAGCAACAGGGCAUUUUCAGAGUUCCUGGCUCGCAGGUGGAAGUCAACGACAUCAAGAAUUCGUUUGAGAGAGGUGAAGAUCCCCUCGCUGAUGAUCAAAAUGAACGUGACAUUAAUUCAGUGGCUGGAGUCUUGAAGCUGUAUUUCCGAGGACUGGAAAACCCCCUCUUUCCUAAGGAAAGGUUUCAAGAUUUGAUAUCUACUAUAAAAAUCGAGAACCCCACCGAAAGAGUGCACCAGAUCCAGCAAAUCAUCGUGACUCUGCCCCGGGCUGUCAUCGUUGUCAUGAGAUAUCUUUUUGCUUUCCUUAAUCACUUGUCACAGUACAGCGAUGAGAACAUGAUGGAUCCCUACAACCUGGCCAUCUGCUUCGGGCCCACUCUGAUGCACAUUCCAGAUGGGCAGGAUCCGGUGUCCUGCCAAGCCCAUGUCAAUGACGUCAUCAAAACCAUCAUCAUUAACCACGAGGGCAUCUUCCCCAGCCACAGAGAGCUGGAAGGACCUGUCUACGAGAAGUGCAUGACCGGAGGGGAGGAGUACUGUGACAGCCCGCACAGCGAGCCAGGCACCAUCGAUGAGGUUGACCACGACAAUGGCACGGAGCCACACACCAGCGAUGACGAAGUGGAGCAGAUUGAAGCUAUAGCAAAGUUCGACUACAUUGGACGAUCUCCACGAGAGCUCUCCUUUAAGAAAGGGGCCUCGCUCCUCCUGUACCAUCGGGCAUCAGAAGACUGGUGGGAAGGGAGACAUAAUGGUGUGGAUGGCCUCAUACCCCACCAGUACAUUGUGGUGCAAGACAUGGACGAUGCGUUCUCCGACAGCCUGAGCCAGAAGGCGGACAGCGAGGCGAGCAGCGGGCCGCUGCUGGAUGAUAAAGCCUCCUCCAAGAAUGACAUCCAGUCUCCGACGGAUCAUAUUGUGGACUAUGGCUUUGGGGGAGUAAUGGGCCGAGUGAGAUUGAGGUCUGACGGUGCAGCUAUCCCUCGCCGUCGAAGCGGGGGGGACACCCACAGCCCGCCCCGAGGGAUGGGUCCUGGCAUAGACACUCCUCCUCGAGCAGCGGCCUGCCCUAGCAGCCCCCACAAAAUACCUCUUAACAGGGGCAGGAUUGAGAGUCCCGAAAAGCGCAGAAUGGCGACAUUCGGCAGUGCAGGCAGCAUCAAUUUCCCAGACAGGAAGGCCUUGUCUGAUGGCCACCCGCUGAGAUCGACCUGUGGAUCGACUAGACACAGUAGUCUCGGAGAUCAGAAAUCUCUAGAAGCAGAAGCGCUUGCUGAGGACAUCGAGAAGACCAUGAGCACGGCGCUGAACGAGCUGCGGGAGCUGGAGAGGCAGAACACGGCCAAGCAGGCCCCCGACGUGGUCCUGGACACUCUGGAGCCCAUGAAGAACCCCCCAAUGGGCGCCGCCAACUCGGAGCCCGCCAGCCCCCUCCACACCAUCCUGAUCCGGGACCCCGACGCUGCCAUGCGGCGCAGCAGCAGCUCCACCACAGAGAUGAUGACCACCUUCAAGCCGGCCCUGUCAGCCCGGCUGGCCGGGGCUCAGCUGCGGCCCCCGCCGAUGCGGCCGGUGCGGCCGGUGGUGCAGCACCGCUCCAGCAGCAGCAGCAGCUCGGGGGUGGGCAGCCCCGCCGUCACCCCCACCGAGAAGCUCUUCCCCAGCAGCUCGGCGGAUAAAUCGGGCACCAUGUAGGCUGGGGCGCGGGGAACGCGGCGGAGAGAGCCAGCGCCUGGAUGGUGGGAGCGGGGCCGGCAGCUCGGCAAAGCCUCGCUCGGCCAGGUGGGAAGUCAAAACCGUGCUCAAAAGGAACCUUUCCAAAAGGGGAACGAGUGUGUAGCCUAGCUGUGAUGGUUGAUUGUACAUACGUGUGUGUGUGUGUAUGUACACAUGUGCACACACCCCAUCCAUGCAGACACACUUCCCAAGCUUGCAGUCCUACGGCAGGAGGAGACGGCAGGUCUACGUGUUAGCACUGGAGAAUACAUGCUAUAUGUAGAAGUAUAUAUUAAAAAAAAAAAAAAGUGUACAGAAUUUGGUGACUUUUUUAAAAAAGUAGAUUUACCUCACAAACUGGCUCUGAAAUGUCCUCUCUAGAGAAGUUGGGUUGAUUUGGGGUUUUUUUCCAGGCUAUUUGUGUGCGUGUGUGUGUGUGGAGGUAUGUAGCAGCUGUGCAUCGAGCAAUACAAGGCCAAUCCUGGAAUUUAUUUUCUGCACCUCUUGGCAUUUAAAAAAAGAAGGGGGGAAAGACACAGUGGGUUUCGUUCUCUGCCGGCCUAUGGAGAAGAGCUGGAAGUUCAUAAAUGACUGUGUCAGGCCGGCUGGAGUGUCUUCUCAAGCUGACUCCUGAGCCGCCCGCGUGUGUGCCGUGACGCCCCGGCGAGCAGCGCCGGCCGGAGCGGGGACGGAAGCGAGGCGUGCUGCUCGGGGCGCAGGGCUGCCCUGCCUGCCCCGCGGGGCCCGCAGGACUCUCAUUUCCCUGAAGAUCUCAGAAUGAACAAGGACUAGCGACAAACCUGUGGUACAGCAUACGUAGAGUAACGUAUACAGUUUUGAGAUGCUUCGUUGCCCUUUCCCCAGACUUCUUUUUUUUUUUUCCCUUUCUUUUUUUUUAAAAAAAACCACAAAACUAAUGGUAUCUCAACAGAAAGGACUAAACAGGCGAGGAGGCUUUGGUACAACAACGUUGCUUUAUUUGAAGUUGCACAGCAGUACAUGAGGGUCUUGAUUCAGAUUGUGUCUUCUUGCAUGAAAAGCAUGAGCCAUAUUUGACCAUAUCAGAUGCGGAACCAAUCUGAUGGGGUGAUAUUUUGCACUUUCUGUACUGUACGAUAUAAUACAACAGUUGUAGAUUCUUUUGCAUAAACUCAAUUUUGUUUUCCCUCUGAACAUUUAACCCAGAGAAAAAAUAUGCAGAAAGAGCUGGGGAUUGCAUGGUACUUUGUCGGGUAACCAGGUCUCUUCUGUAAGCGCUGAAUUCAAGACGCUCUGUGCUUCUCCUGCAGAUUUUCCUUCUUGUACAGAUUUCCGUGCCAUGACCCGUGGUUUAAUUUGGUCACUUCCACACGAUCACGUACAGCCCCAGCGUGAGACGGGCCGUCGCGAGUCUCUCAGCCGCAGAGAAGAGCGGCACUAAUGGCUCGUAGAUGUUCAUCCGUUCUUCCCGCUCUCGCUCAUUUCUCUGUUCUGCCUGUCCCUGGGCCAAGAAGCGAGCCCUCCUGCCUCAUCCCGCAGCCACCCGCCCCUGCCCAGGGCUUCUUUUUUGGUUCCCCCCGUCAUCCUCCUCUCCCCUCCAGCGCCGCUGCAGCCCCCAGCUCGCGCGCGGCCGGAGGAGCAGCCAGGCUUCCAGAAGGCGGCUGAGCCCCCCGGUGCCGCCGCAGCUCGCGCCCCGCAGCGCCUCGGCCGCCCCGCGCCCCCAGCCCGUACCUCGCAGCUGGGCGCUGGGCGCAGGCCCGGCGGGACCGGCCGCUCCUCCUUCCCGUGCCCGGCGCACAAGCAUGUGUCCCUUCCGCGCGCGCCGCCGCUGCCCGGCUCCUGCCUCUGCCAGUCCGUGUAUAUAUUGCUGUACUUGCUUAAAUGCUGGAAAGUAACUGUUAACAUGUAAACUGUACAAAAAAUAGGCUAAGAUUAGAUGAAAGCCAACGCCACUCACCAAAUCUUUGCACUUAGUAGGUAGCUCAAUGUAAAAAAUAAAACCCAAUAGUAGUAAUAAUAAAAAAGAUUAAAAAAAAAAACAAAGCCGCAAAGCUAACCUUUCGGUGUACAGUGGGGGAGAAGUACUGUAUGUAGUGAUUCUGUCAUUGUUCCUCCGUAUAAUGCUGUAAGGGGAAAUGGUGUUUAUGUACUUGUCUAUUAACAUUGUUGACAUUUGUAAUUACCACAAUUAGUUCAUAUUGAUGUUUAUUUUUCUCCAUAAUUUUUCCCCCGUUCCUAACUUAGGCUAACCCUGAGGUCAAUGCCUCUGUCAUUACGGGCAGCAGAUGUUCAAACAGUCUGUCAGUCUGGUCUAGUAAUGAACCAGCAAAUGUGCUUUUAGGGGGAGGGAAGAAACCCAUUUGGCACGAGAGCCGCAUAGUCGUUGCCAGUAAUUCUUGGUUUUUUUCCUUUUUUUUUUUUUUUCCAUUUAGUUCCUGGAGAACAUUCACUUUGCUGGUUUUCUGGGGUUUUUUUAUAUACUUUCAAAGAUGACUUGAUAGCAAAACCAUGUUUAUUGGGGUUUUUUUUUCCCCCCCCUCCCUUCUUACUUUUGAAGAUAUGGUACAAGUUCCAGUGUCUAUUAAAUUAUUGCGUUUCAUUUUCCUCUGUUUUGUUUUGUUGUGGGUUUUUAAUACAAUUGUUUUCUUAUCUUUAAGUGCCUUUUUGAGCACCAGAACAAACGCUUGGAGUUAACGUCCUAGGAGCUGGACGCAUAAUGAUUUCCUUUGUACAGUUGCGUUGUGCUGGGGGUGAUUGCUUUUAAAGUCCUUUUUAAUUUUUUUUUAAAGAAAAGAAAACCAAGACAUUUUGUUGAGAAUAAACUACCCCUUUUUAAUAUGGUA